AAUGAUUAUUCAGUAAUUCUCAAUCACGCGUUCUAAUAAAAGCAAAAGUAAUGGCUCGGCUAAGCAUUAUUAUAGCCAUUAUAAGUGUUGCAUUAACGUACACUUACGCUGCAGAGGAGCUCUAUGCAGCUACCUUCGAUGACUUUGAUAUCAUAGAUGUCCUUAAUGACGCAAAAAAGGAAGAAGAAUUUUUCAACUGUUUUAUAGACGCUGGACCAUGUAUGACGGAUAGACAAAACUUUUUCAAAGGAAUCUUCUUCGAAGCUCUACAGAAUAACUGCAAAAAGUGUACUGAAAAACAAAAGCAAUUAAUGAACUUAAUGAAAGAAUGGUAUACACAGCAUAACCCUGAUCACUGGGAAGUUUUGCUUGUAAAGUCAAAGGCGUGAAGAUAAGAAUGGCUAAUAAUUGCUGACAAAUGCUGUUAAAACUGGACUAAGCAACGACAUGGAAUCGCACAACGGCAAUGUUAAUUAUCCAUAAAUUUAUUAAACUUUUAUGUUCCUCCUUUUAUGUAACUUCUUCGGCUCUUCACUUGGGAAAGGAAAUCAUUAUUAAUAUUUUUUAUUUCUAUUGUUAUAAUUACUACUGGUAUAGCAAUAUUAUCUUGUUAGAAUAAGGAAGUUAAGGAGAAUAAAUUUUUGGCAUCA